CACCUUGUCUGUUGCUUCAGCAGACUCACAUACCUUCAGACAGUCCUCAACUAACUAGUGCUCUGUUCUUUUGUCUCUGUGAACCUUUGCUACUAUCUUUACUUUUGAUUUACUACUAUUCAAGCAGCAGUCAUGCCUCUAAUUGUGUAUUGGACGAGUGUGAGCGGUUCUCAGAAGAUAAAAAAGCAACAAGACAGGAUCACAGACGUCUUGACAGCCAAGAAGAUCCCCUUCAAAGUGGUGGACAUCUCUCAGAAUCCAAGUGAGAAGGAUUUAAUGAGGAAGCUGGCAGGCAACCCGACAGCGCUGCCUCCACAAAUCUGCAACGACAACGUGUACUGUGGAGACUUUGAGGCAUUCGAGAAUGCAGUUGAGAUGGAGCUGUUAGAGAAUUUCCUUAAAAUCAAAAAGUAAUGCUGAGCAGCGAUGUGGGAUUCCUCUGUAUUCCUGAACAAAGCAAAUAAAAAUGUGUGCAUGUUUGAGUGGAA